CGCGCCGGGCCCGCCCCUGCGCCGCGUGCACUGCGCUGCCCGCCGGGCCCGGGCGCAGAGCCGCACUGCAGACUGGGCUGCUGCACACGGCAGCAGCAAUGCUGCAGGUAAGGUGCGCCUGGGCCACAUCCUCCGACCCUGCUGUGUGCUGGAACACCACGUCCCUGCUCUAGCUGCCUCUCCUAGCGCCGAGCACGGCUGAUAUAACAUGGGGUGUGCCAGCGGCUGGCCGGGGGCUGCCCUUGCCCUCCUGCUGCUACCGCUGCUCAGCCUCCUGGCGCUCUGCUUGGCAGCACUGGAGGAACUGGACCCCGCCACUGAGAGGCAGCCGCGAACAGUGUGCACCCUGCAGGAGGGGGAGAGUCGUAUCUUCACCUGCUGGGUGCCCCGGCCAGCCCCCGGUGCCACGCUGGCCUGGUACCUCAACGGUCAGAAACAGGAAGCGAACCUCUCGACUGCAGACACUGCCAGCAUCCUCACCUUCACUGGCCAGCGCUCCGACCACCAGCUCAACUGCUCCCUGACCAUCCCGACCUCCAGUGAGAGCUACAACACCUCCAUCCUUCUCAAUGUGCAGUAUAAGCCAGAGAUCCUCCAGGAAGGUGCCCACUACCAGCAGGUUGAGGGCACUGGCCUUCUCCUGGUACUCUUUGUGCUGGUGCAAGCCAACCCACCUGCCAGCAUCACCUGGAUGGACAAGCAUGGGCAUAUGAUGGCUAACACCUCCAAGUUUCUCCUUCUGGGUGCCACAAGCUACCCAGGGCUGGCCAACCACUCACUCCACAUCCAUUUCAACUGCACGGCUGGAAACCUCUCCAUCAGUGCAGCCAACAGUGUGGGCAUCACCACUGCCUCCCUCCUGCCCACAGGUCUGCUGGAUGCCCGUGUGGAGCUGCCUGUCCUGGGAGUUGCCAUUGGAGCAGCCCUGGCCCUAUCUGCCCUGCUCAGCCUGGGCUCCUGUGCUGCCUGCCUGGCAUGUCGCUUGCCCGAGCUUAUGCGAGGUCCGGGGCAAGCAGGACCCAGCCCACGCAGCCAGUGCUCCCACUGCAGCAGCUCUGGGCCCCCGCAGCCCCAGGGCACACGCCUGCCCCGCCAGACCCAGUCCCUGCCACCCAACCUGCGCCUCGGUGACCUUGCACAGGAAGAGGGAGCUUCCCCCAAGGAUGCAGGAGCCAGUGCUAGGGGAGAAGAAAGUGCCCUGCUGGGACUGGAAAACUCCCUGGUCCGCAGCAAGCUUGGUUUUAUCCAGCUCCCAGUGUCUGGGCGCAUCUACAAAGUGCCCAGCAUGAGCAGUGAUGAGAUCUGGCUGUGAGCUGCAGCGCGGUGCCCGUGAGCCAGGGCUGUGCCAGAGCCGAGCAGCUGAGGGUGCCAGGAAGGCCGUGGUGGAAGUGGCAGCUGACCAGCCCCAGCUCUGUGCUGUGCAAGGCUUGGGAGCUGUGCUGUCAGCCAAGGCAUGGUUAAAUGUAGUCCCUGAACUUUACUGAUAUUCUGUUAUAAUCAAAACGUAUCAAAACUGUUUAUAGCCAGGCUCCAGCACUGCGAUUCCUCUCGGGGUAAAGCCAAGCACCAGCUUUGCUUUAGCAGGUUUGUGACUCCCUGCAUGACCCUCUUUGCCCCUGUCCCUGCUGCUGUGGCAGACGGGUGGGAGGUCAGUGGAGCAGGGGCUGAGGAGAGCCCAACAGCAAUAAACUGAAUUCAAGCA